AUGGGCAGUGUUACUGUGCCACCAACUAGUGUGACAGACACUUUCACCGUGGAUAAAGUCACCGAGGAAAACAUUCCUCUUUACCAUCCAAACAAAACAUCAACGCUCAAUGUUUCUUACCACUACAACCCAGAAGUAAGCCGGUAUCAUUAUGGGGCACUACAUCCAAUGAAACCUUUUAGACUCAUGCUUACUGACCAUUUGGUCAUUUCAUACAAACUAUACGAAAAGAUGGAUUUGUACACACCUCGAAAGGCCACAAAGGAUGAAUUACUUCAGUUCCACUCUGAGGACUACAUAAAUUUUUUACAAACAAUCACUCCCGAGGCAUGCAAGAACCUAGAUGAACUGACAUUGGCCAAAUUCAACAUUGGUGACGAUUGUCCUAUUUUCGACGGGAUGUACGAUUACCUGGCUAUAUAUGCUGGUGCGUCUUUGGAUGCCACAAGGAAACUCAUUAGUGGAAUGUCUGAUAUUGCCAUCAACUGGUCAGGAGGACUACAUCAUGCCAAAAAAUUUGAGCCUAGUGGGUUUUGUUAUGUCAAUGAUAUAGUUUUGAGCAUUAUAAACUUGCUACGAGUCCAUCCCAGAGUCAUGUAUAUCGAUAUUGAUCUCCAUCAUGGCGAUGGUGUACAAGAAGCAUUUUACACUACAGAUAGGGUAAUGACUGUUAGUUUCCACAAGUACAAUGGAGAAUUUUUUCCUGGUACGGGAUCGGUCGAUGAAACGGGGAUCGGUAAGGGAAAAAACUUUGCAAUUAAUGUUCCACUUCGUGAUGGUAUUGAUGAUGAGAGUUAUGUGCGAUUGUUUAAGCUGAUAAUGGAGCCACUCAUUACUAAAUUCCAGCCAACGUGUAUUGUGCAACAAUGUGGUGCCGAUUCGUUGGGGUACGACAGAUUGGGCUGUUUCAAUCUAAACAUUAGAGCACACGGGGAGUGCGUCAAUUUCAUCAAAAGUUUUGGAAUUCCAAUGCUUGUGGUUGGUGGAGGUGGGUACACGCCAAGGAAUGUGAGCCGACUAUGGUGUUAUGAGACGUCUGUCUUGAAUGAUGUCACAUUAAAUCACAAAAUACCCAAUUACUUGCCCACUUACGACUGGUUUGGACCAGAUUUUUCGCUUCAUCCACAGCUCGAGGGAAGGAUCGAUAAUAAGAAUAGCAGGAAAUACCUAGAAAGUGUAAAGCAGGAAAUUAUGGAACAAAUAAGAUACUUGAAUCACGCACCAUCUGUGCAAAUGUAUGAGAUACCGCCUGAUAUCACCGGCUUAACAGAGGAAGAGGACGAGAUUAUUAAAGAGCUUAACGAAGAGGCAAAUAAUGAUUAG